AUGUUUGGCCACGUCAGCCCAGCCGAGGCCGCGCGCUCCGCCGGCCGCGUCGGCGGCUUUGCAGGCUCAAGCGCCCCCAGCCGCAGCUACGGCGGCGGCGGCGGCUACUCCGGCGGCGGCGGCGGCUACAGCCGCGGCGGCAGCUACGCCCCCUCCUAUGGCGGCAGCUACGUGUCCCCCCCAUCGUUCUACCGCGGCGGCUACUCAUCGUAUGGCCUCAUGGGCCCCCCCGUCGUCGCGCCGCCCGUCGUCGUCGCCCCCUACGCCACCGGCGCCGCCGUGGUCGCGUCGCCCGCGUCCCCGGUGCUGGACGCGCUGCUGCUGAUGUCCCUGGCCUUCAUCGCCUUCUCCGCGGCCUCCUCAGCCCUCGCGCCCGGCCGCAGCGGCGGCCUCCUCGGGCCCGACGCGGGCGCCGCGGGCAGCCUGCAGCUGACCAAGAUCCAGGUCGGCCUGCUGGCGGUGGCGCGCGAUCUGAAGCGCGAUCUUGAUCAGAUCGCGGAGGACGCCGACACGUCGUCCAACGCCGGCCUCAAGGAGCUGCUGCAGGAGGUGACGCUCGCGCUGCUGCGCAACCCGCAGUACGCCGAGUUUGUUUCAGGCGGCAAGAGGGCCGUCGGGGACAGCUCCGAGCUGGAGCGCCUGUUCAACAGCGCCUCCCUGGCCGAGCGCAGCAAGUUCACAGAGGAGACUCUUGUCAACGUCCGCGGCGGCGGCGGCGUGCGCCGCGCGCGCAGGAGCGCCCCCGCCGGCCCCUCCGCGCGCCCCGACGAGCUCAUCGUGGUGACGCUGCUGGUGGCGACCCAGGGUGACGUGAAGCUGCCCAAGAAGAUUGGCAGCGGCGACGCCCUCAAGGCGGCGCUGCGGUCGCUGGGCGGGCUGAGGUGUGACCAGGUGCUGGGGGUGGAGGUGCUGUGGACGCCGCAGGCCGAGGGCGACUACUUCAGCCGCGACGAGCUCACGCGGGACUACCCAGACAUGCGCAUGCUGUGA